AUGAGUGGUACAACGACCUCAUCUUCACCAUCUAAUGGAUAUAAUUUUGUUGCGAUAGCCAAUCAAGCAACUGCCUAUGCUUUUUCAGUUACAAUGGUGUUCAUAGUGUUCACAAGUCUUUUAAAUGCUUGUGUUCUUUGGCGUCGUGCUCUACGAUUAUCUUCGUGUACUUAUUAUUUUCUAGCUUCAAUUCCACCUGUUUUAGCUUAUGUUAUUGUAACACCUUUGAAUACUAUACUCAUAUAUUAUUUUGGUUUUCGUAUGCAUAGUACACCAAUAACUUGCAAAAUUGUUCAAUUUGUUGUUUAUGGGUCACCGCUAUUGUAUGGAUCAAUGUUAAUUUGUGCCUCAGUUGAUCGAUUUUGUGCAAGUUCAGCUUCGGCUCGUUUGCGUCAAUUUAGUCGAGUUUAUAUUGCUCGACGAGUCAUUUUUUGUGUAUGGAUUCUCAUUAUAUUAUAUAUGAUUCCAUUUCUCAUAUCUUAUUAUUAUGACUAUAAUAGUAUUCUGAGUAAUAAAUGUGUUGCAUAUACUUCAACAUUAGCCACAAUUUAUCUUAUGAGUCGAGUUAUUCUUUAUUACUUUGCAAUACCGAUCAUAUUAGGCAUAUUUGGCCUAUUAACAAUAAAGAAUAUUCGAAGUCAGACAUGUCGUGUGUUUGUAGAAGGUCGAUCGAAUACUCACCGUCGUACUGAAGGUCAAUUAGCUCGAAUGUUAGUCAUUCAAGUAGCUGUGUAUUUUAUGUUUUUUACACCUUCUGGUAUUACUUAUAUAAUGGUGACUUUUAUACCUUCACUAAAUACGACUUACUAUAAUACAAUACGAACUUUGACAGUUGUUUGGCAAAAGGAGGCUUUUUUAUUGCGUUUUUCUUCUACAUUUUAA